AUGUGGAUCGCGCAUUUUUCAUCAGGCCUCGUCGCGAAGCCCUUCGCACCGGGCAUUCCUCUCUCCGUCCUAUGCCUUGCUGGGGCUGCCGCCGAUGCUGCCUUCUUUCUUCUUCAGUUCAUCAACCUGGAAUCGUUCAAUCUCGACACGUCCAUUGCGGCAAAUAGAGGCUGCUUCCCAUAUGCGAACGAUUAUCCGUACAGCCACUCCCUCGCCGGCAUGGGCGCCGUGGGGUUCGUUGUUGCCCUUGGGUACAAGGCACUGCGUCCCACCGCGCGCGCGUCCCUCUCAGACAUGAUUGUGAUUGUCCUCGCGAGCCUGAGUCACUUCCUCCUCGAGUGGCCAUCGCAUCGCGCAGGUGAGACGCCCCCCCUCCCCCCCCCAUCGUCCGUAGCUGCUAGCUCACCAAGUGCACGCAUCGCAGACAUCAAGCUCACCCCAUACGACGACAGAGCAAUCGGCGCGGGGCUCUUCGACCACCCCAUGCUCACCUUCCUCGCAGAGGCUGCGAUUUUCCUUACCGGCCUCUGGGUGUAUGCCACCUUCGCGCCGAAGGUCACCCGGACCGGCUACUUGACGAACCGCAAUCGCCUCCCGAAGAUCGUCGCGUUCAUGCUCGUCCAGCAGGCACAUUUCUGCUUCGGCGCGGCCCCGACGUAUGAGACACGUUGGGUGCAUGCGCCGCUGUUCCUCAGCGAGGUAUUGGGCAGUUGUUGGGUAUUAGGAAAGCUGGAGGGCUGA